AUGACUGAAGACAGCCAGCCACGUCUUCUGGAUUCCUCUAAACACACCCCGUGGGUCCAGGAUCCGCCCGCAGAGAAACCCCGCGAAAGCGAUGACUACGAGCCAGAGUGGGUGGAGGGAACGACACUGGUGAUGGUGAUCACAGGUAUCACGCUUGUCGUGUUUCUGAUGCUGCUGGAUAUGUCGAUUGUGUCGACGGCAAUCCCAAGGAUCACCAGCCAAUUCCACUCGCUGGAUGAUGUCGCGUGGUAUGGCAGUGCGUAUACAAUCUCCAGUGCCGCCCUCCAGCCCCUAACCGGGAAACUGUACAACUACUUCUCAUCGAAGUGGAUAUUCCUCUCCUUCUUCGGGAUCUUUGAAGUAGGCUCCUUGAUCUGCGGCGUGGCCACCUCCUCGAAAAUGCUCAUCGUCGGCCGCGCGGUGGCCGGGAUGGGAUCGUCGGGCAUGUUGAACGGGGCGUUGAAUAUCCUGGCCGGUGCGGUGCCGGUUAAGAAGAGGCCGGCCAUGAUUGGUGUUAUUAUGGGUGUCGGCCAGCUAGGCCUAGUAGGAGGCCCACUAGUUGGCGGAGCCUUUACGACCUACUCGACCUGGCGAUGGUGCUUCUACAUGAACCUCCCCAUCGGGGUCCUCGUCAGCGCCCUCCUCCUCUUCACACGCAUCCCCGACCAGAAGCCCAAAGCUCCCCCCCGCACCAUUCUCCGUCCAUCCAUGCUAUAUAAAUUCGACCUCAUCGGCUUCACCCUCUUCGCCCCCGCCUCCAUCAUGCUCCUGCUCGCCCUGCAGUAUGGCGGCAACAGCCACCCCUGGGACAGCGCCACGGUCAUCGGCCUGUUCUGCGGCUCCGGCGCAACCUUCGCCGUCUUUUUCUUCUGGGAGCGACACAUGGGCGUCGACGCGAUGAUCCCGGGGUAUUUGGUGGGGAAACGCAUCGUCCUGUGCAGUAGUUUGCUCUCCAUGAUGGUUUUCGGGUUUACGAUGACGCUCUCGUAUUACCUGCCUAUUUACUUUCAGUCUGUCAGGGGGGAGUCCGCGUUGAGGAGUGGGGUGGAUUUGUUGCCGAAUAUUUUGUGUCAGUUGGUCAUGGCGGUUGUUUCGGGGAUGCUGACCUCGAAACUGGGCUACUACCUCCCCUGGGGCGUGCUCGGAGCCAUACUCAACGCCGUGGGCAACGGCCUCCUCUCCACCCUCUCACCCACCACCCCUAUCCCCGUCUGGGCUGGCUAUGAAUCUCUGGUCGGAUUCGGUCGAGGUGCCAUCUCCCAAGUCCCGAUAAUCGCCCUCCAAACCACCACCCCACCCCCCUCCCUCUCCACCGCCAUGGCCAUAAUGACCUGCGCGCAGACCUUCGGCGGCGCCAUCUUCCUCGCCAUCGCGGAAGUCAUCUUCGCGCAAUCCCUGCGGGCGAAUCUCCGCCACUAUGCGCCGGCUGUGGAUGCCGAGGCGGUGAUCGCGGCCGGGGCCACGGGGUUCCGGGAUGUUGUGCCGGAAGGGGAUCUGUCGAUGGUUUUGGGGGCGUAUGCGAGGAGUCUGGGGGGCGUGUUUUUGCUUUGUCUCGGGUGA